AUGUUUAAUUUAAGUGAUCUUCAACCCAACAGCACAGCUCACCACGCACUUCCUGUCAUUAUAAAGGUGUCUAUUGUAAUCCCUCUGACAUGUAUGUUUCUUGGUUGUAUCAUUGUCAUGCUGCACACAUUUGCCUCCCAUCGACAGUUCUUGGAGACUUCUCGGUACCUGCUUUUUGCCUAUAUGCUGGUCAAUGAUGCCUUUCAAGUCAUAUCCUCUGUUGUGCUAUUUGUUCUUUUUGUGUGUCAAAUUAAGUUCCCUAUUUGCUAUUGUAUCCCUCUGCUAUUUGUAUCAACUGCUACUUUCCAAAAUACCCCCUUGAUUCUUGCUGCUAUGUCACUAGAAAGAUAUAUUGCCAUAGUCUAUCCACUGCAGCGGCCAUUAGCUUGGCGUUCUGACCGGAUUUGGGUUAUCAUUUUGUCUUUGUGGAUUGUCAGUUGCCUAUUUCCAUUUAUUGACUUCUCCAUAGGCAAGCAAGACCCAAAUGUGGAUCCUUUUUCUACCCCAGUUUUAUGCAAAACUAUUAAGCUGAAUAGUAGUCCUAUUCAAAUGCUAUUUAAAGCAGUGAUAAGUAUACUUUUCUUUGCAGUGGUAGCAGUCAUUAUCCUGUUUACUUAUGUGCGCAUCCUAUUGGAGACGAAAAAGUUAAGGCAGGAUAGGGCAUCAGUAAACAAAGCAAUGUACACAGUGUUAUUACAUGGGUUUCAGCUUGUCCUGUGUGUCUUGGCUUUCACUCACCCUAUAACAGAGACACUGGUGGUGGUUCACGGAUGGCAGCCAGAGGAUAUGGCCUUUUUCAAUUACUUUACAUUUAUCCUCAUCCCGCGCUUUCUCAGCCCACUCAUCUACGGAUUCAGGGACCAGAGCCUCCGGGCCUGCAUUGGAAAGUCACUCCUGUACUGCUCACAAAAAGUCAGCCUAUAA